CGCGCUACCACCGAGCGUAUCGCUCGUCCGGCCGCGGAACCCGCGAAUAUACGUGAUGUACCGAACUAUACGAACACAAUAAUACCAAAUAAAUAACACAACAAGUGCUAAUAAGUGAUAAAAAACAUAUUAUAACAGUGAUAUCCCCACGGUAACCAGUCACCAUGGGUGCGAUGUUCAGGAGUGAGGAGAUGGUGCUGUGCCAGCUGUUCGUGCAGCCUGAAGCUGCAUACGUCUCCAUGUAUGAGCUUGGAGAGGCUGGAAUUGCUCAGUUCAGAGAUUUAAACCCACACGUGAACGACUUCCAGCGUCGCUACGUCAGUGAAGUUCGACGAUGCAGUGAGAUGGAGCGCAAGUUACGCUGGGUGGCUGGCGAGCUACCUGAGCCACCGCCUCCUCCGAAACCUGAACGCUGUAGCUUGAGCCCUCGAGAGAUCAACAUAUUGGAGGAAAGAAUCGACUUCAUAGAAUCAGAGAUACAGGAGAUAACAAGAAACGCAAGGAACUUGAAGAGCGACUAUUUAGCUCUUAUAGAACUUAGGACCUUGAUAGAGAAGAUGCAAACUUUUUUCCAAGACCAUAGCGCACAGCGGAAGAUUUCUGCUUCAGUACAAAUAUACAACAAUGACGCGGUAUUAGGACAUCUUGGCUUCAUAUCUGGAGUGGUGACCACGGCAAGGGUACCGGCCUUCGAGAAAAUGCUCUGGAGAAUAUCUCAUGGAAACAUCUUCUUCAAACAGGCUCAAAUUGAUGAGCCUUUGAAGGAUCCUAUCACGGGUCACGAGCUCCAGAAGACGGUUUUCGUCGUAUUCUUCCACGGGGAGCAGAUCAAGCUUCGUGUGAAAAAGGUCUGCCAUGGUUUCAAGGCCACGCUGUACCCGUGUCCUGCGACGUACAAAGACCAACUGGACAUGCUAGCUGGAGUGGGGACCAGGAUCAAGGAUUUGGAAAUGGUAUUGGAACAAACGGAGAAUCAUCGUCGACUGGUCCUUACAAACAUCGCUCGCGACAUAAGCACCUGGAUGGUGGCUGUCCGUAAGGAGAAGGCCAUUUAUCACACUUUGAACAUGUUUAGCAUGGAUAUCGUCAAGAAGUGCCUUAUUGCCGAGUGCUGGGUGCCGAGGAAAGACCUUACUGCCGUGCAAAAAGCGCUAGAGAAUGGAGUGAAAGCAAGUGGAAGUCCCAUCCCAUCGAUCUUACACUACGUACCAACCAAUGAAAUACCACCAACGUUCAAUAGGACAAAUAAGUUCACACGAGGUUUCCAGAACCUCAUUGAUUCCUAUGGAAUCGCCAGCUACAGAGAAGUUAACCCAGCUUUGUACACAAUCAUAACAUUCCCGUUCCUGUUUGCUGUGAUGUUCGGGGACGUCGGCCACGGGAUCAUCAUGACAGCCUUCGCAGCCAUACUAGUCAUCUACGAGAAGAGAUUUUUAAAAAUUAAGACGGACAACGAAAUAUGGAACAUAUUCUUUGGAGGACGAUACAUUAUACUACUGAUGGGGAUAUUUUCUAUAUACACCGGCCUGAUAUACAAUGACAUGUUUUCAAAAUCUUUGAACAUAUUUGGAACCAGUUGGCGGAAUGUGUACGAAGAUGGAGUUCUACGCAAUCAUACGAUGCUAGAAUUAGAUCCGAAGACAGCGUAUACACAGACACCUUAUCCGUUCGGUUUGGACCCAGCGUGGCAGUUCGCAUCCAACAACAUAAUAUUCCUUAAUUCAUUCAAGAUGAAACUGUCAAUUAUAUUCGGCGUGAUACAUAUGGCGUUCGGUGUAACUAUGAGUGUGGUAAACUUCAACUUCUUCAGGAAACCGGAGAUGAUAUUCCUGCAGUACAUACCACAGAUAUUGUUCCUACUGCUUUUGUUUUGGUAUCUUUGUUUGCUGAUGUUUAUGAAGUGGAUCAUGUAUUCGGCUGUUUCGGAAGAUCCAUCCCUUGGCACAUCGUGCGCCCCUUCAGUCCUAAUCAUCUUCAUCAAUAUGAUGCUCAUGAAGAGUUCUGAAGACAAGCCACCAUGUCGUGCAAUGAUGUACGCUGGCCAAAAUGAGGUGCAAAGGACGUUCUUGGCGAUUGCCUUCCUGUGUAUACCCAUCAUGCUCUUCGGGAAGCCGAUCUAUAAGGCGUUUUUGGCUAAGAAACGAAAGCAAUACCAACAAGGUGUAGAAACAGGUGAAGUCACGGAGAAGGAAGGUCACGAUGGUGGCUUGGCUGAAGAGUUGAUCACUCAGUGUAUCCAUACCAUUGAGUAUGUGCUGGGCGCUGUGUCUCAUACAGCGUCUUACUUACGACUGUGGGCCCUGUCUCUCGCUCAUGCACAGCUCUCCGCAGUACUAUGGCAGCGUGUGCUAGUGAUGGGCAUGGGCCCACCUGGCGUGACCUCUAUAAAGCUGUACAUCAUAUUCGCGGUGUGGGCCUUCUUCACGCUGGCCAUCCUGGUGCUCAUGGAGGGUCUGUCUGCCUUCCUGCAUACACUUCGGUUACAUUGGGUGGAAUUCAUGAGCAAGUUCUACGAAGGUCAAGGGUAUGCCUUCGCACCGUUCUCCUUUACUGAUAUCCUGGAGAACGAAGAAGAUGACCAUAAACCAGUCAUGGAGACCAAUGGAGGCCCACCCGAGUGACCAGAAGACUAAUUAGUGUAGAUAAGUAGCCAAUCAGAGCACCGAACAAGGUGUGCGGCUAUGCUGGUGAUGUUGAAACUAGGUGUAUGUCAGUCGCGUAACUAGACUUCUAAUGUGCACUGCAGUAAUUGUGUCUCUUUCGCCCACUGAAAGGGACAAAAGUAUAUUCUAAAAUAUAGUGCCUUCCCUUUCCCGCAAUGGUGCAUGAUCCAGCUCUGAUCUCUGAUCUAUGACGUAAUGGUUUUUACCUAAAUUUUUAAUUGGUGAUUGCUUUUCAAAUUCUCUGGCAAGGAAUUAUGAAUCUGUUCAAAUGUAACUUUUUGUAUUGUAAGGUCAAAUUAUUUCCUAACACUAGAUCGGCUCUCACGACUUAGAAGACUAGAAUGUGAGAUGAAGUUGAUGAAAUCAUUCCUCUGACAAUAAAAUUGCAUGAUAUAGUAAAAAUAAUGUGCAGCGAAAAUAAAUCGUAUUUUCUUAAAGAUAAGGAUAAUAUUCCAUUGUUUGGAGACAAAAUCUGAUCCUUAUCCUCACCCAACUUAAUAUUAUUCAAAAUAUUUAACUGUCAUUCAAAUUUGAACGUAUACUGUAGACAAUAAAAUUGAGAAUACGUUAACAAUUUACCAAAGUGCCUUAAGAAAAAUAUUUGAAUGUCGAACGAAUAUUUACAAUAUUAAAGAGGACAUUGAUCUUCAACGCGACUGACAUCUAUUUUCAGCGUUUAAAAUAAAUUCGCAAAUAUCAUUUUUACGUACAAACGAAAUCUUAGAUUACAUAGAUUUUAGGAAUUUGUAGUCUUUCUGAAUUUGUUGCUAGAUUUUUGAGAAUUAUAAGUAGGAUAAGAAAUUAAAAAAGUAUGACAGUACGAAAUUGACACGGCACAACACGAUUACGUAUUUGAAGAUAAAGCAAAAAUGUGAAACUGGAGAUCCAUAGUAACCAAAAUGUUUUUUUAAUGAUCUAAUACCUCCUAAUCCUAAUGAUUUAUACAAGAAUUAAAAUUCUUUUUCUUUUUCUGAAUGUUAAAGGGUCUGCUUGAACGCUACUAGUUCGGAAACAAGGCGCCAUUUUCAUUACACGCUUACAUCUCAUCAUUUCUACCUACACGCGCGCGC